CCACACCCCACACCCACGGGGGAGGCUGGGGGCCGCGUGUGGGGCGGAGGGGAGCGAGCGGCCAUGGAGGUUCUGGUGGCGGUGGCGGUGCUUUGGGGUCUGCCCAGGGUGGGGGCGCAGCCCAUCGCCUCUGCGGCCGUUCCAGCCCUGCCGUGUGAGGCCGUGACGCCGCGCGAUUGCCAGGACGUUUACGCGGGGGGGGCGCAGACGGACGGCGUCUACCUGGUUUACCCCACGGGGCCGGGGCUGCCUGUGCCCGUCUACUGCGACAUGAGCACCGACGGGCACGUGUGGACGGUGUUCCAGAAGCGCUUCAAUGGCUCCGUCAGUUUCUUCCGGGGUUGGAACGAUUAUCGCUACGGCUUUGGGCGCGCCGACGGCGAGUAUUGGCUGGGGCUGCAGACCAUCCACGUGCUGACCCUGCAGGGCCGCUACGAGCUGCGCGUGGAGCUGGAGGACUUUGAGAACAACACGGCCUCGGCCACCUACGGCUCCUUCGCGCUGUCCCCCAACGCCAUCAGCGCCGAGGAGGACGGAUACAGCCUGCACGUCGGGGGCUUCGUGGACGGCGGCGCCGGCGACUCGCUCAGCUACCACCACGGCCAGAAGUUCUCCACCUUCGACCGCGACCAGGACCUCUACGUGCAGAACUGCGCCGCGCUGUCGUCGGGCGCCUGGUGGUUCAAGAGCUGCCACUUCUCCAACCUCAACGGCUUCUACCUGGGCGGCGCCCACCUCUCCUACGCCAACGGCCUCAACUGGGCGCAGUGGAAGGGCUUCAACUACUCCCUGCGCCGCAGCGAGAUGAAGAUCCGACGCCUCUGAGGCGCCGUGGGGCGCAAAGGGGGCAGGGGGGGGAGGCGGCCUGCCAAUAAAGCACCGCAAAGCGCCCCGCUGCGUCACUGCGCCCCAUGGAGACCUUGGGGACACAGAG